AUGGCCGAUAGAAAUGCUAGAGUUGAUGCUCAGUUGAGGAAUUUAGUCAGAGUGACUAUGAAUUUAGCUAGAAGAGGUCCUUCGAAGAAGAAGUCUGUUGAUUGGUUUAAGAGGGUUAGUGAUAGUAAACCGCCUUCUUAUGAUGGGAAAUGUGAUCCUGUCAAGCUUGAGAACUGGUUUAGGGAUUUUGAGAAGUUAUUCGAUGCUAUCCAAUAUCUAGAUAAUAGGAAGGUAGCUAUAGUUGUGUAUUACCUCAAGGAUGAAGCCGACUUUUGGUGGUCGCAACAUAAUGAGACAUUAAUAGCGAGGCCUGACUUUGAUUGGAAGGCUUUUGGAGGAGCUAUGAAGGAGAAACUUUAUCCCAAUUUCUGGAGGAGGCAAAAGGCCAUUGAGUUCACUGAUUUGAAGCAAGGUGACAUGACUAUAGAGCAAUACUAUGAGAAGUUUGUAGGAUUGAUGAAGUUUGAUCCAGAGUUAGUGCCUACUGAGGAAAGAAAGGCUAUUAUGUUCGAGACUGGAUUUAGUCUUGAGGUGAAACUUGGUCUAGGAGGUUUAACCUUCAGGACCUUAGAGGAAGUGUAUGAUAGAGCUGCUCAUUUAGGUUCCUAUUUGAAUCAAGCUGGAGUUGAGAGCUCAAACUACAAAAGGAAGGAGAAUCCUAAUCAGAAUUUCCAGAGGAACUACAAGAGGUUUAAGCCUCAACAUAACUUUCACCGGGGAGGACAAUCUAAUGUACAACGGAAUGGAGGCCAGUAUCAACAACAGAAGGGUGUAAAUGGUUCUAAUAAGGGAAAGAAAGGAGACAAACGUGUAUGUUUCUGCAAGAGGUGCCCCUACAAUCAUCCUGGAAAGGAUUACAAAGGAAAGCUAGUGGAGUGUAACUACUGCCACAAAUUGGGUCACCCAGAGUAUGAGUGCUUCUCCAAGAACCUAGAAUUGAAUACUGACAAAGGCAAGAGCGAAAACCAGUUUGGUCAGGGCAAUCGAAACCACUCAGGAGGCAACAACUAUCAAGGUGGGAACAACAAGACGGUUUCGAGUGGAGCUGGUCCUGGUGUGCCUGCAGUGGCAAGAUUGAAUGUCAUAAGUGCUAGAGAAGUUGAGACGUCUAAGGACGUGGUUACGGGUAAUGUUUCUAUUAAUUCCACUUUUACUAAAGCUUUGUUUGAUUCAGGAGCCAAACGUUCAUUUGUUUCAAAGUUUGUUGUUUCAAAAUAUGGCUUAGAAAACCCUAGGGAUGUUGAAAUUCCUAUUAUGUUACCUUCUCAGGAAGUAGUAACUUGCUCAAGAGUAUAUGAGAACGUCCUUGUGAGAAUUGGAGAUGUAGACUUUGAAACCAACCUCGUAGAGUUUCCGUUGAAAGACUUGGAGAUCAUUUUAGGAAUGGAUUGGCUUAAGGAGUAUAAAGCCGAGAUUCUUUAUGUAGAUUGA